GCAGUCUCGUGUUGGUGUUUGGAGAUUCGACUUCGAGAGAGUAGGAACGGGGCUAUAGCCUCAGUGUGGGUUGUCGUGGAUUCAUAGUGUAGGAACUGAGCGCGGCUCUCUUUACAGUUGGUUUCUGAUGGUUUUGGGAUUCAUGUACUUUGGUUAGUUGGUGUGAGUGGAGGCAAGGUGUAGGAGAAGAGCUGCACCCUCAACAGUGAGGGUUGUGUGGAUUCAGAAAAGAACUCUCAAAAUUUGAAGCCUUAAUAGUGGUGCUUCCUGGGGUUGGGUAAGAGAAUGGAGAGUUGUGGUGGCUAAGGUAGAUAUAUGUGCAGGCUUGGACCCCCACCCGGACUACAACGCUAAGGGUGGGAGAUAAAAGCUCACAUAAAUGGUGCGUCUGCCGGGAGCCAAGUGGGUGAAAGUUCUGAAAUUGGAAGUCAAGGAUGGAGAGAGGAGUAAGAGGUGAGUAAACCGUUUCUUAUUUCUAUUGUUUUCAAUUAUAUGGUGAAGAAGCUUGCUGAACUUUAUUUUCGGUUGGUGAAUGGGAAUAUCAAAAAGUUGCUUGUGAAGAUGGUUGUGAAGUCCAGGUUUCAGUUUUACAGAUUGAAUUGAUGUUCUGUUAGGUGCAGUUCUAUACUAGUACUUUAUUUUAUUUGAAUGAAUGGGAAUAUCGAUAAAUUGCUUUGUGAGGAUGGCUGUGAACUGCAGGUUUGAAUUUCAUUUUUUUUGGAUUUGAUGUUCAGUUAGAUGCUGUUCUAGUCUAGUACGCUUAGCAAUGAGUUGGCUGCAUGGAUUAUGUGGGAUUUGGGUGCUUAGAUAAGGACGGUUGACUAGUCUGUAAAUGCAAGGUAGUACAAGAUCCCAUAAACCAAAUCUAGAAGUAGGGUUGGGAAAGAUUGCACGUAAAACUAGGCUACAAAAAAAUAGUGAACCUGAAAAAGAGAGUGAGAUAAGUAUAGAAGUGUUUUUGGACAUAGAUACUUCUGAUAGUCUGCUCUCAGAAAAUUCAAAAAUUAAGACUACAUUGGAGGGUGAGGUACUUCUUUCCAACGAAUUUCCAGAGACUGACAGUAGGAGCACAAAGAAACCUGUAGAAGUUGAUAGAGAAACAAAAGUAGAAUUCUCACCUAUCAUGAAUCGUGAUGGAGAGGGGGAGAUCCCCCCUCCCAUCUCACCCAUUGAUCCGUUGGUUAGACCAAGAGGUCUUCCAAUCUUAGUUCCUCAGAACUUGGCACCAUUAAACAUGCCAUCCAACCUUCCUAAGUUCUGGGGGUCUAAAGACGAAGAUCCAUCAAGACAUAUGGAGAGAUACGUCGAAAAAUUAGCCAGCUCACUCAUUACAGAAUCUGGUUAUUGCUUGGUCUGGUUUCCUUCCACUUUGGAAGGCGAAGCCUAUGAGUGGUACAGGGACCAUGUAGAAGGGCAUUUUGUGACUUGGGAACAAAUGCAACAAGAGUUUCUGAACGAGUUCAGACCUGAGGUAGGACAGAGCACUGCCUUGAGAGCAUUAGCUUCCUUGAAGCAAGGGAGAGAUGAGGAAAUUUCUGCUUACAUUAGAAGAUUUGACUUGGUGUGUACACGUUUCGUUGGCACAAUGCUUAACGACGACACACUAAAACAAUUCUUCAUUCAAGGAUUUUUCAAAGCGGGUACGAUACGAGGAGUGUUAGAGAGGAACCCCCGAACUUUAGUAGAUGCUAAGAAAGCUGCUAGGGAUAUAGAGAAUAUUGACAAGAAUUAUGAAAAAUUGUGGAGGAAAGAAGAUGAGUCAAUCCCUCAAUUUAUCCCUAUCCGUCCCAAAGAAUUAGAAAGAGAGUUGGGUAAGAACGUGAACCAGAUUUCACCACCAUCCAAUGAUCCAAUUCCCCAGCCAUUAGCAAUCAGGGAACCAGUGCCAUUGCUGGCAUUACCAGCUCCUCGUGGUGAACCUCAACCUGAAGACAUAGAAAAAAGAUUAGGUGCCAGCCAAUUAAAAUUUCAGGAGGCCAUGAUGAAACAGAUUCAGGGUUUAACAGAUCAAAUGUCUUUGAUGAUUCGGACUCAGCAACCUGGACCCCCACCUCCUGUAGAGUCAGGAAGACACGCGUCAGGAUUGUGGUGUGUUCAAUGUAACUUACCUGGACAUACAAGACAGUUUUGUGGCAUGGGACAGAAUCGCGAUCAGAGAUUGGUUGGAGUACCACCUCCACCGAUGCAUGGAGGCCAAGCCAAAAAUACGUAUGGUAAUUUUAGGGGGCCUCCAAGAGCACAAGGUGUGCAUAAUGGGGCAAGAAAAGAAUUUCAUUCUUUUUGUGGGAGGUGGCACUUCCCUGGACAAUGUUGGUCAGAAGUACAAGGUUCUAAUUGUAGCAACUGUGGAGGAAAUCACCCUUCUGACGAAUGUCGUCAGCCAGACAAGGUCAUUGCAUUACCUCACCCGGUGACUAAUCCUCAUCAGCAAGCCAGGGAUAAUCUGAGAGGUGCCAGGCCACAAGAGCCACCUCAAACCGAACCGAGGCCUUCAAACCUUUAUUACGAUUAUGGAAAUGCAAGACAAACAGGACACUCGCCGGUAGGUUUACAGACAGCAAAUGGCUACAUUCCUAUACAAGAUAGAACCAGAGGACCACAGUCUCAAGAGAAUAGAGUUCAAGGUCUAUCAAAUGAUCAAGGUCCGUCAACUUCUCAGGAUGUUAGAUACAUGGAUGUAACUGCACAUUCAAAUCCUAACAAAGCUGCCCCUUCGUUACCAACACCUGGAGAUGAACAAAACAAAUGGCCUCCGAAUGCUAAUGUUAUAACCUUUGAAUUAAGAGAUUUUCAGGAAAAGAACAAGCAAGAAGCUCCGGCACUAGCUGUUACCACUAGGUCGAUGCGAAACAAGCUCCAAGCCAUUGAAGAAAUGGAUGAGCAAGAUGAGUACUACUCAGAAGAUGGUCCCCAUCUUUCAGAGUUAGAGAGAGUAGCAAGAACAGCAAGAAAGGAAGCCACGGCUCUAGAGCAAAACAAUGAGUUUUUCCAAGAUGGAAACAGGGAAAGUCAGGGUCAUGACUUAGAAACUAGUGAAGGGGGUGAUUGGGAAGGACCUGGUGUUCCUUUAGAAGAAUUUGAUAAAAUAAGGGCUACACAGAUGAAGAGGUUAUAGGGAUACGAUUUAUGGGCUAAUCUUAGUUCCCUCAAGGCCGAUAUCUCUUUUGGCCAACUAUUAGAGAUCUCACCAUUGGCUCGUAAAAAACUGAAAGAAGGGUUACCAGUAACACGAAGGACAAGGAAGUUAAAAACUAGGGUGGCAGCAAGGGUGCAAUCGCUAGAGAAAAUCCGAGAUGUAAAGGCAGUGGAAAUAGAGGCAAUUAUCGUGGAUAAAGUAGUACCCAACGUACUGGUAGAUGGAGGAAGUGGGUUGAACAUUUUGCCUGAACACACAAUGAAAAAGCUAGGCCUCGGUUUAACCGGACCAUCACCCUUCAUCAUCAACAUGGCUAAUCAAAGCUCUGCGGUACCUCUUGGAAUGAUUAAAGAUUGUAGAAUUAGUACAGGAGGGGAGGAGUAUAUUGUCACUUUUCAUGUUAUUAGGAUGCAUUCAACGAAAGAUACUUUUCCCAUCUUAUUAGGUAGACCUUGGUUGAGAAUGGCAGAUGCCAUAGUGGAUUGGGGAGGAUCUAAACCUUCUAUUACCUAUGGGCCAAGAGAAAAUCGUGCCAAGGUUCCAAUAGGCAGUUUGACGGGGGCAGAAGUAGUGACUUCUUCGGACGAACAACCUAAAGGGAAGAAAAAGGUUGAGAACAAUGACACACUGGUGGGAGUUGUCAAUUCAGGUUGCAAAGAAACUACAGUUAAUGGGAGGCUAAGCCAUCUAGGUCCUGGUUUUUACAAUUGGGAGAGGGAUGAUGAGUAUAACAGGUGGUUGAAGGAAUACCCUGACUCAGGAUGUGAUAUACUUAUGAUUUCACAUUGUGAAUACAAGGAUGAUAGAGAUUGUUUAUCCAAGGAUAGUUGGUCAUUGUUAGAGCCAUGUGAAGUGCUUACAGAAGAAGAAUGGAUACAGGGCGGAUUAACCCCGUGGAUUGAGGAUCUAGAGGACCAUCAAGUGACAAUAGUACACGUGGACGGAACUCAAGGUGACGAUGUCACGCUUAAGGCUUCACACCUGGAAGAGCCAUUGCACUUCAAAACCACAUCUUCAGGGAUUAUAGCUGGGCAGGAUGUGAAAGAUUAUCCUAAAGUUCCCUUGGAUUGGUAUCGGAAUACUGACGAACAAACUCACGUGACUGAGAAGGAUUGGAAGUACGUAGAUGUGACAAUGCGUACAGGAAACAUAAGGAAGAUUAAAAUGGGUUCUCAGUUGGAGGAUGAUGAGAUCCGUGAGUAUGGAAAACUCGUGGACGAAUUUAGUGAUACAUUUGCUUGGUCGUAUGAUGAGCUCAAGGGAAUACCUCGUGAGAUGGUAGAACAUAGUAUUCCUUUAAUUCCAGGUUCUCGACCUGUUAGACAAAAAGAGAGACGAAUGAAUCCUCAACUGCAGCUGUUGGUUAAGUCAGAGUUAGAAAGAUUGUUGCAAGCGGGAUUCAUCAAACCAGUAGAAAUUACAGAUUGGGUUUCCCCUAUGGUUUUGGUGAAGAAAAAAAAUGGGAAAUUAAGGGUUUGUGUGGAUUAUAGAAGACUCAAUGCCUGCACGCAGAAGGAUCACUUUCCCUUGCCUUUUAUUACCCUAGUUUUGGAGGAAGUAGGUGGACAUGCUAGAUACAGCUUCAUGGACGGAUAUUCAGGUUACAACCAAAUCUCAAUAGCUAGGCAGGACGUGCACAAGACAGCGUUCACGACGCCAUGGGGAACUUUUGUGUGGGUAGUAAUGCCUUUUGGGUUGUGCAAUGCUCCGGCCACCUUUCAGAGAUUAGUUACUUAUAUUUUCUCUGAUCUUUUGUACAAAUCGAUGACAGUCUUCAUUGACGAUUUUAGCACGCAAUCUAGCAUAGGUGAACAUCUACAGUGUGUGAGAGAAGCUUUGAUCAGAUGUCGUAAAAUGCAAUUAGCUUUGAAUCCCGAAAAAACUUUCUUGGGUGUUCAGAGGGGAGUUUUACUAGGUUACGUGGUCAGCGAGAAGGGACGGGAACCAGAUCCAGAAAAAGUGGCAGUCAUAGAGCAGUUGGCAACUCCAACCAAUGCUAAAGGAAUAGCAAAGUUGUUAGGUCACGUUGGAUGGUAUCGGGAAUUAAUUCCAGACUUUGCUACCCUAGUGAUUCCCAUCACUCAGUUGCUGAAAAAAGACUCUAAGUUUGAAUGGACAGAGUCUUGCGAAAAAUCAUUUCGGGAGGUAAAAUCCAAGUUGAGUACAUAUCCUGUCUUAAGGCCACCCGAUUGGAACAAACCGUUUCAUGUUUUCUGUGAUGCUAGCAAUCUAGCAGUUGGAAGUGCAUUAUGCCAAGCAACAGGAGAGAAGAACAAGGAUCAACCCAUUGCUUAUGCUAGCAAACAGUUAACACCGGCAGAGAGAAAUUAUUCUACCACUGAGAGGGAGUGUCUGGCUAUGGUGUUUUCAGUCAAAAAAUUUCGCCAUUAUCUCAUGUGUAACCCGGUGGUGUUUUUUGUCGAUCACAUGGCUAUCAAGUAUCUAGUCAACAAGGCAGAAUUAAGUGGGAGGUUAGCUAGGUGGGUCUUGUUGCUAGAAGAGUUCGACUACACUGUAGAGUACAAACCUGGUCGAAUGCAUUUACAAGCUGACCAUUUGUCAAGGCUUUCAGAGGAGAUAGGAACUCGUCCGGUAGAUGACAGGUUGAUAGACGAAAGUCUUUUUGUAAUUACGGCAAAGCCUGAGUGGUAUGGAGGUAUUGUAGAGUUUCUGACCACUCAGAAAUUAUCAAGCGACUGGACGAAGGAAGAGAGGAGAAAAGUGAGAGUCAACAGUAGACAUUUUAUAGUGUUAGGUCAUAGGCUGUUCAGGAGAGGUGCAGACGGAAUAUUGAGGAGGUGCGUGUCAGAGGUUGAAGUUCCAUCAAUACUAGAAGCUUGUCACGAUAGCGCGUGUGGAGGGCAUUUUUCUGGCAAGCUCACAGGUCAGAAGGUACUUCGAGCAGGUUACUUUUGGCCUACCUUAUUUCAAGAUUCCUACAGUUACGUCAAAAAAUGUGAUGCUUGUCAAAGAUAUGCGAGAAACGAUCUCAGAAUGGAGAUGCCUCUUCAGGUGUCCUUACCUUUGGUCCCUUUUGAGAAGUGGGGGAUUGAUUACAUUGGCGAGAUUCAUCCCCAUUCAUCGAGAGGCAUGGCUUACAUUGUAGUUGCAACUGAAUACUUGACUAAGUGGGCAGAAGCUAAGGCGGUGAAAGCAAACACAGCUGCCCAUGCCGCCACAUUCAUGUACGAGAAUAUCAUUUCGAGGUUUGGAUGUCCAAGGAUUUUGGUUAGUGAUAGGGGGACCCAUUUCUUGAAUGAGAUGUUUCAAGAUUUAACUGAUAGGUUUAAGAUAGACCAUAGGAAAACAACUCCUUAUCAUCCGCAGACAAAUGGCCAGACAGAACGAGUCAAUGGAAUAUUGGUGAGCAUAUUGCGCAAGACAGUUUUUGACUCGAAGAGGGAUUGGGAUUCCAAGCUUACGGCGGCAUUGUGGGCUUAUCGGACAACUUUCAAGGUAACAACGCAAGCAACACCAUUUUCGUUAGUGUAUGGGUUGGAAGCUACUCUUCCGAUUGAGUUUGAGGUGGAAUCACUCCGAGUGGCAGUGCAGUCACGGCUUACAACCAGUCAAUCGUUACUAGAUAGGUUCACAAUGUUAGCAGAGCUUGAUGAGAGGAGGAGAAUGAGUGCUCAACACAUUGAGGCCAUUCAAAGGAGGAGAAAGAUCGCCUUCGACAAGAAACAUAAGACGAGAACACUUAGAGCAGGUAUGAUGGUGAUGAUUCAAGAUGCUCGAAAACUUGAUUUUCCGGGAAAAUUUGAUGCUGUAUGGUUAGGGCCGUAUCUUGUUAGAGAGGCAUUUACAAACAAUUCAGUACAGCUAGAGACCUUGAAUGGAGAAAUUUUUCCUACUCGCACGUCAGGCAGUCGAUGUAAGGAAUAUAGAGCAUAGAUGCUAACUAGCUGGGAGCUAGAGAUUCUGGAUCCAUCCCCUGAUGGUCGCCAAUUAUGUGAGUUCAAUUAUGAACUCAAUUAAAUAAUUAGCAUUAGUUAGUAUGAUAUAUUAGGGACUUCAGACAAAGAAAAGAAAAGAAAGAUUAUUUAAUAGAGUGGUAGUAGGUUAGUAGUAGUUAGUAACGUAAGUAGACGUAGAUUAUUUAUUGAAUGUAUCUGUUAAGUAUCAAGAACGGGCCUGGCAAGAGAGACGUCGCAGGUGAAGGACGAGGAGGAAAGGCGGAGGGCAGAGGGUCUCCGGACCAUUGAGAAGGAGAAAGAUAGAGAGAAAGAGAGGGAGCGGGAUAAAAUACGGGAUAAGGAUAGGGAGCG